ACAUUUAUAUCUAUCACUGUUAUUUGCUGCUUCCUAUUAGUGGGUUUUGUAUUUCUUCAGACUUCUGGCAAACCUUUGGUUGAUUCCGAGGGAAUGGUAACCUUCCCAGUAGAAACGUUUUUUCAGGUGAUGCGAUGGCUGCUUUUUUUCGGUUUUCUCUGGUUAUCGCAAUUCGUUCUAGCAUGCCAAAAUUUCAUCGUCGCUGGAGCUGUGUCAGUGUGGUACUUUACAAGGGACAAAAGUAAACUCAGGAAUCCCAUAUGCAAGAGCUUCCGAAUUCUUGUAUGUUUCCACCUGGGUUCUGUUGCCUUCGGAUCGCUCAUCAUUGCAAUCAUGAAACUCAUCCGAAUCCUAUUUCGACUGCUGGAAAAAUACCUCAAUAACCAAAAUCAAAGAUGUGAAAUUUUUUGGAAAAUUUUCCAAUGUUGUUUGGCUUGCUUUGAAAAUUUCUUGAAGUUCCUGAGUAAGAAUGCUUACAUUAUGAUAGCUAUAUACGGAGAUUCUUUCUGUGCUAGCGCUCGACGUGCUUUUGGAAGCCUGACGUCAAAUGCAAUGAGAGUCGCUGCUGUCGACAGUAUUGGAGACUUCAUCCUCUUUGUAGGCAAAGUAGGAGUCACUGUCGCCAUUGCUUUCAUCGCACUCGAAAUCCUUAAGAAUGUGGACGGCCUGCAUUACAUCUGGGUACCUGUGGCUCUGUCUUGCCUUUUCGCCUUUCUGUGCUGUCACUGUUUUCUGUCUGUAUACGAAAUGGCUAUCGACACACUGCUGCUGUGUUUCUGCGAGGAUUGUCAAAUGAAUGACGGAAUCACAAGGCCCUACUUCAUGAGUAGAAGUCUCAUGGUUUUUGUCGAAAGAAGCCGAAAAAGUGCAAAAAUUGGACAUUUGCCGAAAGGAAAAUCUAUUGAUUAAUAUAACAUCAGUAAUCCUUUAAAAAAGGAAUAAUCGACAGAAUUCCACUGAAGGAGAAAGUGUAAAGAUAUUUUAAUCUUUGGCUAACUUAUUAAAUGAUUGUAUCAAUUUUGUAAAACUACUUUUAUAAAAUAUUUGCUGAUAAAGCACGAAAUGGAUUAAAGUAACCGAAAUCUCACACAGGGAAGGGAGAAGAACAGGCAGUUAAAACUUUUGUUUUAACCUCUGAUUUAUUUAGUUCCGAGCAAACACGAAAAAAACGAAAAUUUUAAAAUGAAUGCCUAUAAUGAAGUUCGAUAUAUCAUAAUAAAUAUGGAAAUGAAAAAAUCAUAAGUUUAAACUUCGCAGCUUUUUUGGGAGGGUUCUGUAUAUUUUGCGGUAUGUUAUUAUAGCAUUAAUCCUCAACUCAGUCUGAUAAAUUUUCCAUUCUGAGAAAUGUUAUUGAUAUUGAGGGAGAUGAUUUUAAUCUCACAGAUCGAAAAAGUUUUAAAUUUUAUCACUAUUGCCAAUCUUGCUGGAAAAUAUCUUUGAUUUACAUCAUAACUUCAUGCCUUAUUAGUACAGCAAACUAAAAGUUUGAAAAUAACACACCCAUUUCUUAAUAACUUUUAUCUUUCUCACAAUUUUACAGAGGUGAUACUGCGGACAACGUCUACGAUUAAUACAAAAUUAUGGUUAAGCUGAAGACAGUUAAAAAACACACGAAAGAAGAAAAAUUGUGUUUUAAUUAAGAGAAAAAUACUACUAACCUGUAUGGCAGCUCGCGUGGCCAACCAACGCUCGCUUAUUCGGAAGAAUUGAAUUAACUUGAUUUCGCGCCGAAGAGCUCUUUUAUCACGAAGUAGAGUGUUUCACUCCCAUGAAACGGACUCAAGUUCUGUCCGCAAGACCCCGCAAUCUUUCGCAUCGUACUUCUGCAUUUUCUGACCCAUAGAUGUUGCUGCAACAAGCCCUCCCUUAAAACACCGAAAGCCUAGAGACAGGGAUUCAUAAAUCACUUUAACCCGCCGCCGACACAGUGGUGUCCUUUCGAACGUGACAGAACUAGCAUCUCCUCCACCCACCCAGAUGUACAAAAACUGGCCAACUGUCACUCGCACCAUCCACGGCACCUCGCUCCACAGUUGUUUAACGGGCUCAAGUAGUGCCUCCCAAUGAACGGAGCUGAACACAGCUCACCAACGCAACGAUCAACCACAUCAUCGCAUGGGCUUAAAACACGGCAAGCAAAUCGUAUCUCCUCAUUAGCCUACAGAUGUUGGGGGAGGGUGUAUGGCUGCUCGCGGAAUCAGCCAUCGGCUGCAAAUUCGAAACAGCUGAAUUACUUGAAUUGGUAACUGAAGAGUUCUUUUGUGAUGAGGUAGAGUAUUUCACUCCCAUGAAACGAACUCAAGUUCUUAUCCCAAGGCCACUCGCUCGCUCGCAUCGCACUUCCGGUUCGACACAUAGAUGUCGCCACGAGCAAACUUUCGCUUAACACCGUGCAAGUUAUAUUUUAAUUUUAUAAGAGUUAUUUUAAUUUGGAUAUCUUUUCAUAUCAAUUCUUGUUUCCAUUUACAACUCACUACCAUAAGGAGUUUUUAGAAUCGCUUUGAAUGCAAAUGAGUUAAAAGUAGUAUUAAAGGAAGGUUCAACUUACUUCGCGAGAAAGUUCUAAGAAUUCUUAGUAGAGCGCGUUUGCCUUCUGGCUAAGUCUCUCUAGAAGCUGUUACGCCCGGCCGUAUAUUACGUGCCUUUGGAUAUUCGCCCGUUAGUUUAAAUUAAGAGCCAGCUACGUUAGAUUUGUGUUAGCUUCGGCUAAGUCUCUCUUAGUUAGUUCUAACUUAGCUCUUAUUUCUUAUUUUAAGUUCAAGCCCGAGUGGAGGCUUUGAUGUAAGCCCAAGAAAGGGGCCAACUGUUUAUCUUAUUUUGAGGGAAAUAAAGGGUAGUUAACCUUUCUUGAGUCAACGACUUCUGUUAUAUGAACUCAGCGAUAGGUUCUUAACAGUUCACAGGGUUCCUGGACAUUUACGUUAGCAGAAUAAGGGUGAUGAACUCUACAACCGAAAGCCCAGAGACAGCGAGCCAUAAAUAAACGAGGCCCCCGCGGCCGCUCUAUCUAUAUUCAGUUAAAUCUAAGGAAUAAAUUCGUAUGGUUAAGUCAAUAUUCAAAACAAAAGGAACACAGCUUCAAUAACGGAAGAAUAAGCAUAAUUUAGAAGGAAAAAUUAAGAUAUUAUUAGGAAAUUAAGAAGAAAUUAAGCUAUAAAUGGCAUCAAAGAAGUAAUACAAAAAUGCUUACAAGGAAACUUGAACAAUGUUUCAUCCAGUUCAAAUUCGCGUAUAAAAUUGGAUAGAACGCUUUAUUUUUUGGCAGAAUUCAUCUGGUAGACAAUAUCGGCCGUCACAAUGCCUUUUUUUUUUUUUUCCAAUUUUGCAUUUUAUGCAGACGGUUUUAUUUUAUUGUGAUAUUUGCUGACAGUAAUAUUUUCAUUAUUCUACAAUAAAUAAACUUUACGACAUUUUAGACAGAACUUCUUUGCGGUUAAUCCGUACCCUGCUAAUCGAGAGUUGGCUAAGUUUCAUUUUUAAUAAUUUUAAAUUUCAAUUUAGUGCAAUUUACUGUAAACGUAAAUUGUAAUUGAUAAUUUAUCUAAAAAUAUACGUUAGCAGUGUUAUUGAUAACAAAGAGCCAAACAUUUCUAACUUAACAAACGUUUAUAACUUCACAUUAUGUACUCAGAAUAGUAGUUUGAAUGCCGCAUAUUAAUGAGUUUUCAUUCUAUUUUUCCUGUACCUUUUCAUUUUUAUUUGAAGAAUCUCGUAUUGAAAUUUCUACUUAGCACACAUUUAAAUCACGUGAUUUUAACUUUUUAUGUAAAUACUUAUACUAAAUAUACUAUAUUUCUUAUAUAAAUACUGCAUUUGAAGCAAAUUAAAUUUUAGGGCAAAAAUCUCUGUUAGUCUGAUAACACAAAAUUAUGUAUGUGUAUGAAAUUCUAGACUUUAUAAAAAUCAUCCUUCUACAUUCUGAAGAUUUUAAGGUUUUGAAUUAAACGCCAUUUAAUCAAAAAAUAAAUAAACUAUUCCAGAACAACCAACUGGUCGGAACUAAUUAAAUGGCAAACUUGUUGGCAAAAUUAUUAGAAUGUUAAAUGUACACAGUUAAUGUCAGUUUGAGAUUUUGCUCUAUCUUCAUAAUAAUUGCUAGAUAUCACUAAAUAUAAUUAUGAUAAUCUGUGGCAUCGAGGUCUGGAAACAAAAUAGCAGUAUUACUGUUAAGAGAAAAUGGGUUUCGUAUAGUAUUUUUGAGAAGGAAUUCGUUGAGCGUUUUCAUUAAAAUAAGAAAUCUGAAGAGAAAAAAAUUAACUUUGGUUCAUUUUCCUUCCGUUCAGCGAUUUAUGUUAAUCUCUUUAAGCUUUGAAGAAGGCAAAUAGCCUUCUUAGCUCACUCAAAGAACCUAAUCUGAAGCUCUGAAGGAUUAACGUACGUGACCAAAAUCAUAAUCAUAAAUGCUGAUAUAAAUUAAACUUAAACAUAACCUUUAGCAUUCCGAAACUUACUUUUCAUAGUUAUGUCGUUUACAGCUUCCAUGUUAGUAAAUCGGAGUGCAUUUAUUUACUUAUAUGAGUGUAUAUUCAGAAAAAACAAAAAAUUUACACAAAUCUACUGUGAAAGCCACAUGACUUCCUUGUACAGCCUAUUAAAUUACGUAUAUUUUUUGCUGCACUUCAUUAAAUUUAUUUUAUCGAAUUAUUCUAACUUGAAUAACCGAUCCUUCGAGUUAAGUUGAAAAUGACGUUAAAAAUUGCAAAUUUUGAAAUUAUAUAUAUACCAGUCAAUUUUUGUCUUAAGAGAGUCAAAUUUCCUAUCAUUUUAUUUUUUUCAUAAUGUGUUCUCUUUCUCAAAUAAAGGUUUAGUAACCGGGAGACCGCAUUAAAAGUUAGAUUUCGUUAUUUGUGAAAAAUGAUUUUUUUUUUAAUUUGACAUAUUUUAAGCCGGGUAAGUGGGUGGGUACAUAUCUGCCGAUGGCAAUACUAAAAGGUGGUGCACAACUAGAUGUGUUUGUUAGCAGGCCCACUGUGCAAAAUUUCAACGUUCAGUUCUGCGAGAUACAAACAUACAUACAUACAUACGUACGUAGAGACGACACGAAAAAAAGUCUAUUUGAAUCCAUUUUACGAUACGUUUUAGGAAAAAGAUUCCUUUAUUCUGUCCGCAAAUACAGAUAUUACGCAAAAGAAUUUAAGAAAGAUAUUACGAAAAGGACAGACGUUAAAAAAAAUGGAUAUUUUCGUUGAAAUAUGAUACCCGAAAUUCUUCGUGACUGCAAUACAAGAAAGCAAAAAUGAUAAAAAAAUGUGAGGAGUUAAACAAGGCACAUGUGUGAGCAAAGGGAUUAAUUAAGUCAUUAUAAACGAUGCACACAACAGUGCUACAACUCAAUAAAUACUUGUUAAUUUAAUGAUAAUAGUUGGCAUAAUUCUUCAUACACCCUUGACAUAGUUUUUCAGAUACUUUUCAUAAUAAUUACUUCAUCUAAAAUCACAUACAGAAAAUUUCAUUGCUGCUGAAGAAGUAAUAAUUGCAGAACUUUCUGUAAGUCCAAAAUGCGUAAAAGUGUGCGAAUGUGUCAAAAAAAAUGCGCAGAAGUGCUCUCGAGACCAGUGUUACAGUACAUUUGGUUGCACUCAUUUUUACAAUUUUAUUGAAAAAAUUUCAGUGUAAAAGGGUAAUUCUAUUUGUCGCCAAAGUAUUAUUCUUGCUAUAUAAAAUUUGACUCUAAAAGAUAUAUAAAUGUAAUAAGAUGAUUCUUAAAUAGUUUUUUCUUUAUAUUAAAAUAACUUAAUUUUUAAUUAAACUAAUAAUCUUACAUUUUAUUUUAUUGAAGUUACUCGCUACUUAAUUUUAUCGAUACGGUCUUGGUCCUCAAAUAAACAGUGUUUUAACUAGUUUCUUGAUAGAUUUUUUUAAAAUUUUAUUUUUAAAGUUUAGAAGCUAAUUAAAUAGAGGCCAUUUAUUUAAGUCGUUUAAUAGCUAAUUUGAAAACAGAAAGAUUUGUGUAUAUUGUUAAAAUGAUUAUCAAGCAUUAGGCAUAUAAUUUCGUCAAAGCGAUAAAUUAAAAAAUUGUUAUGAGUCUGCCCGUGUGCAUUGGAUAUUAUACGUAACGCAGUAUUAAUAACUUUAUCAGCAACAUAUUAGAUUUUAUACCCUUUUUUGUGAAUGUCCACUCUUAUAGAAACAUUCUCGUGUAGCUUUAAAAUAUUUUCUUUGUUUAUAAAUACAGUCAUUUCUUUUUACAGACGAUAGAUUUAAACAGUUUCACACAAAAAACUGCAUGGUACAUUUAAAAAAUGUUGCAAAAUAAUUUUUAUAGUAUUUUUACGUAGUAUUUUCAAUCAUGAAAUGAAAUAUCAUUUUUGAACUCUACAAAAUGUUUAAAAUUCAUUAGCAAGAGUAGUCUUAAUGUUUCAGUUUACUAAUUAUACUACUAUACUUUUAAUUGCAGAAAUCUUCUAAUAUCAAUAUUCUGUUAUUACAUAUUAUAUAUAUCUGUUAUUAUAUAUAUAUAAAUACAAAAAGGAAUAUAAUAAGAGGCUAAAAUUAAAAGCAAAUUUUUACACCCGUCCUGCACUAUAGCUGGAGGAUUGAAGUAAAAUAGAUUUAAAGAUUCUAAAGUUAAAACUAAAUUAUAUAUAUAGUAAUGCUUGACUGAUGAUAGAAAAUUCAAUAUGUAAUAUACAAAAAUAACUUUUGAAUAGAGAUAGUUUUAUGCCAAAAAAGCAAUGCAUAAAUUUACUUCUAUUUUGAACAUUAUAUUCCUGUUAUUUCCCCAGUUUCAAUGUCUAUAUUAUAUUUAAUGUCAAAUACAAUUAAAACUCUUUUAGGUUUCACAUUUCUGCAAAUAGUAGUUGUAUUAAAUCUGUGUAUAUUUUAUAUAAUAUAAAAUUUUCUUUCUAAUUUGAGGAUUUUUAAUCAUUAAAUGGUCCAUUAAUGUUUUCACAGUAUAAAUGACGCCCAUGUUUGUGAGGAAUUUUAUGUCAUUGUAGCAGAAAUGAAACAAUUAUUCAAUGUGAUAUUUUGUAUUUUAUGUGUUAUUUGUAUAUUACCUGUGUUAUUUAUAUAUACUCUGUGUGAAUUGGAAUAAAGUGAUUAUUCUACAUU